UUCUCAUGUUCCAUUAGUCCACCGUCCAUCUGUGGGCUGCCUGACAGUACACAGCUCCAUCUUACCAUUGGGCUGCUGCUGUAACUACCUCCUUGAGUGCCAUAUGUUCUCAGUUUCACAGCUGGGAACUGCCUUCAGCUUUAUGGGUUCCG